CAGGCGGUGCUUUCAGUUUUAUACGAUUGCCUGUGGGAAGAAUUGACCUAUGAACACAGCUUUGUUGUAAAGUUAUAAUCAGGAUUGAACGGUUUGGCUGUUUGUGAGAAAUGGCAUCGGGGACUGCACUAAUUUAUGAUGAAGAAAUGACAAACUACAAACUGCUCUGGGUUGACCCAGCAUGUAGCAUUGAGACCCCAGAGCGUCUCACUGCUUCGCACAGCGCGCUGCAGAGCCAGGGCCUGGCACAGAGGUGUGUCCCCGUUCCUGUCCGCCAGGCCACCGAGGAUGAGAUCCUGCUGGCUCACAGCAAGGAGUACUUGGAAGCUGUGAAAAAGACCCCUGGCAUGACUCUGGAGGAGCUGAAGACUUUUACCUUGCAGUACGGGGAUGUGUACUUUCACCCGAACAUUUACCACUGUGCCAAGCUGGCUGUGGGAGCUGUACUGCAGCUGGUGGACAGUGUGAUGACUGGGCAGGUCAGGAAUGGUAUGGCCCUAGUGAGACCUCCAGGACAUCACAGUCAGCGCAGUGUUGCCAAUGGCUUCUGUGUCUUCAAUAAUGUGGCCAUUGCAGUGCUCUAUGCCAAGAAAAACUUCAACAUCAACAGAGUGCUGAUUGUGGAUUGGGACAUACACCAUGGACAGGGUAUCCAAUACUUGUUCGAGGAGGACCCCAGUGUGUUGUACUUCUCCUGGCACCGCUAUGAGCACCAGAAGUUUUGGCCCAAUCUGUCAGAGUCAGACUAUGACACGGUGGGGACAGGAAAAGGAGCUGGAUUCAACAUCAACCUGCCCUGGAACAAGGUUGGGAUGGAGAAUGCUGAUUACCUCUCUGUCUUCUUCCAUGUCCUUCUGCCCAUUGCAUAUGAGUUCAGCCCUGAUUUGGUCAUGGUAUCAGCAGGGUUUGACUCAGCCGUUGGAGAUCCGGAGGGGCACAUGUGUGCCACCCCAGAUGUGUUUGCCCACCUCACUCACUUGCUGAUGCCCCUGGCAGGAGGGAGGCUUUGUGUUGUUCUGGAGGUUGGUGUGCUUUCUGAUAUAGAUGAAACCCUCUGGAACCAUUCCAGCCUCCUUGCUGUAGAAUCCAUCCAGAAUGUGAGGGCUGCACACCAGCAGUACUGGGGCUGUCUCAAACAUAUUGGGGUACAGUCUGUCUCAGAGCCCAGCACCAAGCGGAGCAGGGUGGGGGAGGGAGAUGAGGGGGUCCAGGAGACCCCAGAUGCAAAGGAAGCAGAAUCUUGGGUGGGCCACUAUCCAGAACCCCCCCUGCGGGUCGCUCCCCCCACGAGGACAGCUGUGGUACUCCCUGCAGACUUGGAGGACUUAGUGCCGCAGAGCUGCCAGCGGGUUACGGGGACGCCUCUCAGGCCGGAGCAGGCCGCUCUGGGUCUCAGGUCUGUUAGUGCACCACAGCCAAGCCAGGGCAAAAGGGAGCCCAUUUCCAAAGCACUUGAGGAUGAGAAGACUCUCAAAGCUGCCGUGGACUAUUGGACACCUGCCUUGCGCCCGUUGCUUGCUGGGGUAGGCCCUGGCUCUCCCACAGCCCUGCAUUGCAUGAAGCCAGUCAAAGAAUGGAUGAAUUUGCUUAGCAAAGCUCAGCCACUGGCAGAGCAUUAUGUGUCUUUCGCUGUAAUCAUUUUCCCCAUUUCUCAGAUCUCAGAAGAUCCUGCAGGGUUCCUGCUGGCUGUGCUCAGUUUGAUCGUACCCAUAGCGUACGAGUUCUGUCCUGGCCUGGUUUUGGCAGCACUGGGUGAAGGCAGUGGUAUUGGUGCAGCUGUCCUGGCACAUUUCACCAGCCUCCUGCAAGGCCUGGCUCAAGGUCAGCUACUGUGUCUCAUACAGGAGAAGGAUUCCACAUCAGUGGACAUCAAAGAGGGCUCUGAGACUAAAACCUUACAAACUACCUCUGCCUCUCUGCUUGGGGAACCUGCCCCAUAUCUGGGGUCCCUAGCACCUGCCCUUCCAGAGAACAGCCAGGCUGUAGAGAGACAAAGACGGAGGCUUCAGACACACUGGAGGAUGCUGCAGACUGCAGUGAAUCAGGAACAGAGAGGGACAUUACCAGAGGGGAACUGUCACGCCCUCUAGUCACCACAUUCUCACAUGGAAACACACC